AUAUUUCAACAUGACUUACAUGAACUACGAAUCAAAUUUGGUUACAAUUUUCAAAGCAAAAAGAAAAAAUAUAUAUUUAAUUUGUGAAUUGUAAUAAGUCAAAAUACUAAAUAAAUAGAUUACAAAAUACAAACCUUUUCAAAUAUAGACUGACCAGUGACGACUACAGAAUAAUAUUAAAACUACGAAACUUUAUAGUAAAAUGCCAUAAUAUAUAUACUGUACUGUAAGUUGUAAUUUCUCAAGCAGGUCUGUGGUGCUACCUCAUCUAUACUACUUGAUGCUUACAUCGAUUGUGUGUUUCUCUGUGUCAAUAGCGAUUAGCGCACAGAAUACUUUUAUAUUAGCUUAUUGUGUUGUGGUAUUGUGUUGUUUGUGGUGCUCAAGACAUGUAUUUUAAAAAUAAAAAAUGUUACCAAAUGUCUGAGUCGGCUUACAACUAACAUUUAUCUGAACCGGUUUCUCAUUGUUAAUGUUUAGCAAUUAUUUAUAAUUAGUAGAAGGAUAAUUAAAGCGGGUGCUGUAUGCUUAAUGUGUGCAAUAUUUACUGUUGAAGCCGGUCGUGCUGCUCGGUAUUUGAUUUAAUUAUUGUGUAUUGCAUUUUUGAAAAUGAAUAUUAUGUGUUUAUAAAUAGAAAAAACAGUAACCACUACUGUUUUUAGAAGUACAUUAUUAUCGUCGAGUGCGUAAUGAUUACGAAGUGAAAUAGUUGGCGCAAAGCGUAAAAUGUAUAUUGCGCGAAAGAUGUAUUGGGUAGUACUUGUGGCUGUGGCGCUUUGGACGCCGGUGACAGCCCUCGCCGAUCCGCCUACACUCCCUGGCGUGCCUGGUGAAACAGAUGAAGCAUGUAGUGUAGGUUCGUUUCGCUGCGCUGAUGGGUCUCGCUGCCUACCAAUCGCGUGGCGUUGCGAUGGACGCGCCCAUUGCGCUGAUGGGUCCGACGAACUCAAUUGUACAUCCGCCGCAUGCGCAGCAGGGCAUUUCAGAUGUGCACGGUCCGCCCUCUGUAUUGCUGCCAGUUGGCGGUGUGACGGAGAUGCUGAUUGUGGCCCAAAUGAUAAUUCGGAUGAGGAUCCUUAUAUGUGCGAGAAGGACUUUAAGUGCUGGGGCAACAGGGCGCGUUGCAGUACGCCUGUAGAUGGCAGGUUCAGCUGUGUGCCUGUGUACCAAUUUUGCGAUGGCACCAGACAUUGUCCAGAUGGAAGUGAUGAGUGGGAUUUCUGUGAUAACUUUACGACUAGCCAAUGUUCGUCAGUGGGUUGUCACGACUGCCGACCGACGCCUCAAGGCCUGGCCUGCUACUGUGCGCCUGGGUAUGAGCCACAGAAUGGAACCUGCGUCGACAGCGACGAAUGUCAGUGGCUCGGCUUGUGCUCGCAGAGAUGUCAUAACACACCGGGCGCGUAUACGUGCGCGUGCGCUACAGGGUAUACGCUCAAGAGUGACCAUCGCUCGUGUGCUGCUAUCAAUGAUCCUGUGGGUGAGGCGUUGUCUUUGGUAGCAGUGACGCAAAGUGACGUAAAGCGCGUUUGGGCCGACGGACACAAAUCGAUUGGCAAUAAGUCGCUGUUGGCACUUAACGUUCGCGCUAUUGACAUACUUUACUCAAAUAGAUCGAUCUGUUACAUUCACCACAAUGUGAGUCGUUCAGGCAUUGUGUGCGCACGCGCUGAUAACUUCUCGCAACGCACCCAUCUACGUACACCUGAUCUAUUUCCCGAUCUGGAAUCGGUAUCCCAUCUGGCGGUGGACUGGAUCUCUGGUAACUGGUACCUGUCAGACGAAGCCCGCGAAGUGAUCUACGUGUGUGAUCACGAUUUUCGCGCCUGUCGCUUACUACUCGACACUGCUCUUAGUAAAGUUCAUGGAUUCGUAGUGGAUCCACUUGUUGGGGAAAUGUUUUGGGCCGUAUGGGGCGGGUCUCCUGCACAAGUGGAAGCCUGUUCUUUAAGUGGUGAAGCGCGGCGCAGUGUAGCAUCGCGCAGACUUGUAUACCCUUCAGCACUUACCAUGGAGCCUGCAGCGCGGUUAUUGUAUUGGGCUGACGCGUAUCUGGAUACAAUUGAACGCGUCCGAUAUGAUGGAACUGGGAGAAUGACACUACGUAAAGGUUACUCAAGCCAGAAGCUAUACCACAUAGCAGUACUGGAAGAGCGUGUAUUUCUACCCGUUUGGACAAACAAUACAAUUACCUGGAUGACUGCUAAUGUGGUGACGCCGGCAUCAGCUCCCAUACCCGUUGGAUCUCGGCCUACUGGGGUCGUGGUGUUUCAUAGACAACGGCAGCCAUUAGCCAAACACCCGUGCGCGAUAAACAAAGGGGGAUGCGAUCACCUUUGCAUCACGGCAUAUCGGGAUGGUACAGCACACCCUCAGUGCCUUUGCAAACAUGGGUAUAGACUCGUCGGCCGUACCUGCGAGAGGGUCCAACUACCCGAGUGGAUGUUAGUGUGUCGUGGAGCCCCACCAUUGGUCCAAAGUGUGUCACUGGAGCCCCAUAGUGAGGCCCUCUGGGAACCUGCGGCACCUGCAGCUCAUGCAGCUCGGCCGACAGCCGCGGAUGUUGAUUUUGCUGCUGGGAUGCUGUAUUACUGUGAUGUGCAUAGAUACGAGAUAGUCCGUCAAAAACUGGACGGCAGCGGACGUGAAGUGUUCGUAGGGGAAGACGUCGACAACUGUGAGGGAAUUGCUAUCGACUGGCUCGGUCGCAACUUAUAUUGGACGGAUGAUGCACUAGGUCGAGUUAGUGUAGCCCGCUUGGAUUCACCGAAAACGCGCACUGUGCUUAUAGCAGACUCUGACUUCAAUCCUCGCUCCAUCGCCUUAGACCCGUCUAAUGGUGUUAUGUGGUGGACCGUAUGGGAAGGCAGUACCAGCGCAACACGGGGUGGGCGUAUUGAAACAGCGUACAUGGACGGUGAGCGACGCCGUGUAAUAAUAGAUACUGAUCUGCACUGGCCUAACGGAUUGGUGUACGAUGUCAAUACUGCAUAUCUUUAUUGGUGCGACACUUACUUGAAUAAGAUCGAACGCGUGCGCGUGGCCAACUCUGGUGACGUGGUUACGGGGUCAACUCGCGAAUUGUUAGCAGUACAUUCGGCCAGACUACCGCUGUCCAAACCCUAUGGUCUUGCUUUGCGAUCAGGCGAAGUGAUAUGGAGCGAGCACGGCACUGGACUAGUGCGUAAACUGCGCGGCAAUGGCGCGAUUACUGUACGAGCUUUCCCGCCACCUCUGUAUGACAUACGCUUUGUAUCAAAUACCACUAGGAUCGGAUCCAAUGCGUGUACGCACAACAAUGGAGGUUGUUUAGAGCUAUGCCUGGCUCAAAGGGACGAACAUACAUGUGCGUGUGGAACCGGACGCGUGCUCGCCGCUGACGGGCGUACGUGCGUGGCCACGCCUCAUGAUACAGCACACGUUUGUCCCGCUAAACAUUUUCAUUGCGGCCGAGGGCGAUGUAUCGACGGAUCACUGGUGUGCGAUGGCGACGCGGACUGUCCAAACGGAUCGGACGAAAACGCUUCGCCUACAGGGCCCUGUGCGAACAUGACCUGCGAUGCCGAGCAUUAUAUGCAGUGCGAUGCAAACCGUUGCAUACCUAAAGGCUGGAUCUGCGAUGGAUUUAAAGAUUGUCGUGAUGGGUCUGACGAAAGUGGCGCAUGGUGCGCGCGCGUGGAGUGCGGUGCCGCGCAGUUCGCGUGCGCACGUUCGAGACGCUGUCUCCCUGCCACUUGGCGGUGUGAUGGCGCACCAGACUGUGGUCCACAAGAUCGCAGUGACGAGCAAAAUUGCGAAUCCGUGGAAUGUUCAAGCGUAAUGUUCAAAUGUAUGAAUGGGGCGUGUGUACCCUGGGAGUACUACUGCGAUGGACACGCUGAUUGCACAGACGCAUCUGAUGAGCUCGCCUGUCGUGGACCAGCACGCCACACGACGUCCACGACCGCUACGCCCGCACGACGCAGGGGUCAUACGGGACAGGAAGAUCGCGGGGGCAUAUGUGAGCCUCAUGAGUUCCAGUGUAAUAAUGGAGAGUGUAUUCGACAGGAGUUUAGAUGUGACGCUCGCGUAGAUUGUCUCGAUGGCUCUGAUGAAGCGGGCUGUGGGGGGAUGUCUACAUCCCCUCCAGUAGUGGCUACCAGCCCGAUUACCACGGCAACCCCGGUAGAUGAUUGCGUUUGGCCGGCUCUGCGAUGCGAUAAUGGGACUAGAUGUGUGCCGCUCUUACAAUUGUGUGAUGAUGCUACCGAUUGCGCUGACGGUGCUGACGAAGCUGAUCGAUGCGGAGAACCAAUGUGUGUUGCGAACGGCCCGUGUUCUCAUACCUGUCAGCCAACACCCAGUGGACCUGCCUGCACGUGUCCACCUCACUUGCACUUACAACGUGACCGACGGACAUGCGCGCCUAACCAUUUGUGCGAAGAGUGGGGCGUUUGCAGUCAGACGUGUCAGCCGCAGAAGAACAGAUACCGCUGUACCUGCUAUGAGGGAUAUCGGCUAGCUGAUGACGGAUUUACGUGUAAAAGUACAGAGAGCACCAGCGCUAUGUUAGUCUUCAGCAACAGGCACGAACUGCGCGCGGUAGAACUUGGCUCUUUAGCAUCACGUGCGCUGGUCUCUGCGCUAAAGAAUACUAUAGCCCUCGAUUGGAGACUGGCGGGACCAGAACGAAGGGUUCAGCUUUUCUGGACGGACGUGGUAGACGAUACUAUAUACAGGGGAACUAUAGUUGACAAUGCACUUGGAGACAUCACACCAGUGGUUCAGAGGGGUUUGUUGACGGCUGAAGGGUUAGCUGUGGACUGGGUGGCUGGUAAUUUGUACUGGGUGGAAAGCGGCCUACAUCAAAUAGAAGUGGCCAGAGCUGAUGGCCAACAUCGACGGACUCUGCUCGCUGGUGAUAUGGAUAGCCCAAGAGCUAUUGCGCUGGAUCCUACUAAGGGUUUUCUCUUCUGGAGCGAUUGGGAGCAAAGUGCGCCGCGAAUCGAACGUGCAACUCUGGCCGGACGCGACCGCAAACGUAUAGUACGCGUCGAAUCAACGGGCGAGGGCGCAUGGCUUAACGGAAUCGCUCUAGACCACCGUGCAGAGAGACUUUAUUGGAUCGACGCACGCUCAGACUCCAUACAUACGGUUACGUACGCGGGCGAGGACAUACGCGAAGUGUUACGUGGGCACGGGGCCUUGUCACACCCAUUUGCGGUCACCGUGUUUGAAUCGCACGUGUAUUGGACUGAUUGGCGUAGUAACAGUGUCGUGCGUGCCAAUAAGUGGAACGGAUCUGAUGUUACCGUUGUGCAGCGGACGCUCACACAGCCUUUUGACCUUAAGGUGAUUCAUCCCAGUAGACAGCCGGCUAAUCUCAUCAAUCCAUGCGGCGUCAACAACGGGAAUUGCUCUCACCUUUGUCUCAUAGAUACACCCGAACAACGCGUCUGCGCAUGUCCGCACUUAAUGAGGCUCACAUCUGACAAUCUUACUUGUGAAGCUGAAAAGCAACUCUUGUUGGUAGGCGUGAGCGGGGCUGUACGCGGUCUCGCUCUAGCGGGCGCCUUAGCACAAGUGGCGCCCACAUUGGCUGGGCCGCAAUUAACCACGCCCUCGUCCCUACAAGUGUUCACUCCCGAACACGCCGUAUACUGGGCGGACACAGAUACAAAUGAGAUUAAAAGAGCCGACGUGCGAGGCGGGAACGUUGUCGUUAUCGCUGAUAGUGGGGUAUCACAGCCGCGUGCGCUCGCUGUACAAUGGUCAGCGCGGAUUAUGUACUUUAGUGCACGUAAAACGCUCGCUGUGGCCGGUCUACGCGGUGAGCGACUUACGCCCUUAUACGCUGAACAGUUUAACGUAAGUGCCCUAGCAGCGCACCCGCACACGGGCGACAUCUUUUGGGCGGCGCAGUCUAACGGCGGUGAACGCAUCGAGACCGCUAGGGGUGAUGGCAGCCAGCGUCGUGUGUUGAUCGACUCUAACAACGACGCCCACCUCGCAGGUGUUACGAGUAUGACCCUAGAUGUUGAUAAGGGUUUAUUGUAUUGGGCGAAUACGGCAUCAGCCAGUAUUCAGUAUUUGGAUCUGAAAACGAACAAGGCGACUACGUUGGCGCUACCGAUGGGUGCACGUCCAAGUGCCGUAGAGGUGUACGCGGGCGAAAUCAUUUGGGCGGAUUCGGCUACGGGCGCACUUAUAGCCUGUGCUCAACGAGAUUGCUCACGAUUACGUAUACUCCGAAAUAAUACUGAUGGCGUGAUAUCACUGCGCGUAUACGAUGCGAGUGCCCAAAAUAUAAGCUCGAAAAGUGCGUGCGCGAAUCGCGGGCCCAAAGAACAAUGUGCGCACUUGUGUUUGCCCGUGUCGCGUACUAAAUCAGUCUGUCGCUGCGCUUUGGGAUACCGUCAGAACGGAACUGCUUGUACACCUAUCGAACCUGCAUUAAUUUACUCACUAAGCUGGGAAUUGCGAGGUGUUUCCCUGACGGGUUCAGUUGAGGAUGCCCUGACACCUCUGCCACAGAUCACCUCAGCCGCCGCUAUCGACUAUUACGCAAAGGAGGAGUGGUUAUAUUGGGCGGACCCAGAAGCAGGGGCAGUGUGGCGAGUCCAACGAGAUGGUUCCAGGCGCCAGAGGGUACUUCAGCAGGCGGAAGGAGGGAAUGAAGAAGGUGGAGACUCUUUAGCGGCGCUAGCCGUUGAUUGGUUAGCGGGGAACUUGUAUUGGAGUGACCCAGCACGAGCACUUUUAAUGGUAGCCCGGCUUGAUGGGUCACAUCGAUACGUAUUGAAGGAUACGGACCCGUUUGUUGCUACUACCUUGGCGGUUGACGCGGCUCGGGGCUGGCUUUUCAUGUCGGGAGGUGGGUGGAUACAACGUGCCAGACCUGACGCUUCAGAUCCCGCUUUGCUGUAUAAUGGUACCGCCGUUGCUCACAUUGCAAUUGAUACUGAGAACGAGAUGGUAUACUGGGUGGAAUGGUGGGAUGAACCGUCAGUAUGGUCCGUACCUUAUUCUGGUGGUGUUCGACGGAGAGUAUGGCGUGGUGCACCUCUUCAUCGGCCAGUCGCUAUAGCAGUUACUGCUGGACAUCUGUACUGGCUUGACACGACGUUAGCUCACGGUGGCGCUGCGCGUGCGCCGAUCUCCAACUUGAAGAAUUACACUUUGCUGGUGGACAAUGUUGGAGACAGUCUCAAAGAUCUUGUGAUUUGGUCAAGUGCGAACCAAAGCGUAUCGAGUAGUACAAAUGGAUGCGCAAUGUCAUCUGGUUACGGUGGUUGCGAGGCGCUUUGUCUAUGGGACGGAUCGCGCGCGCGAUGUGCGUGUCCGCACGGAGAUCUAGCCUCUGACAAUAAGACUUGCACGCCGUAUUCGUCAUUUAUAAUGUACGCACGCGUGUCCAAGAUAGACAGCAUACACCUUCAGGAUGAGAACAAUCUUAAUUCGCCCUAUCCACCUAUUGAAAACAAGACUCUCAUGCGAAAUGCGAUCGCAUUGGCGUACGAGUAUGAAACGCAGACGUUGCUAUAUUCCGACAUACAACGCGGCUCCAUCAAUAUUGUUCAUUUCAACGGUUCCGGACAUUCCGUGUUGCUUGACAAAUGUGGAGCUGUAGAAGGCAUGGUAGUAUCGUUGGCGACGGGUACGUUAUAUUGGACGUGCGCGUCGUGCGGAGCGAUACGUUCAGCGCCGUUGGCAGAGUUAAGAAAGGCUGCACCGGCACAUCGUCCGGCCCUCGUACGCACACUGCUACAGUUGACGACUGCUGAUCGACCACGAGCUAUUGAUUACGAUCCUUGCGAACACCGCGUGUACUGGACAAACUGGAACGAAAAGCGUCCGCGAAUUUCUCGUGUGCAUUCAACCGGACGUGGCGCUUCAGACGUCAUAACGACGGACAUACUGAUGCCGAACGCGCUCGCACUCGAACACGACGCACGCUUACUGUACUGGGCGGAUGCACGUUUAGAUAAGAUUGAACGCGCCAGAUAUGAUGGUUCGCAUCGACGGAUAGUUACACGUGCCCGUAGCGAACAUCCGUACGCUAUAGCAGUGGGGGGAGGAUACGUGUUUUGGACGGAUUGGGUGUCACGCAGCGUGUUAAGGGCAGACAGACGCUCCGGAGUUGCGCGUACGCUACGUCGUGACCUGCCAAGACCUUGUGGGAUAGUGCUCAUAGCUCCCAAUCACCAUCAAUGUUCAUUAGACCCAUGCGCAGUAAUGAACGGUGGAUGCGCAGAGCUCUGCGAGAUAUCAGCGAAUGGGCACGCAACGUGCGCGUGCGAGAACGGCCGCGUACUCGCGCGCGAUGGACGUGCGUGCCAUCCUGCACAUGACGUGUGCCCACACGAUAUGUUCGCCUGUGCCGAAGGUGCCUGCUUGCCUGCCCAACUUGUGUGCGAUGGCGUUAACCAUUGCAGUCCCGAUGCUGAUGCUAGCGAUGAAGAUCUCUACUAUUGCACAUCCCGUACAUGUCCCGAAGACACAAUGUCAUGUGGGGCUGGUGGACGGUGUGUUCCUGCGUCAAGUGUUUGUGACGGCCAUGCAGACUGUGAUGAUGCAGCCGACGAGCGCGACUGCGACUGCGCAUCUGAUCAGUACAAAUGCGCUGAUGGUGCGUGCGUAUCUGCAUCUGCUCGUUGCGACGGUGCAGCACAAUGCGCGGAUGGAUCAGACGAAGCAGGCUGCGGAGCUGACGCCUGUCAGUCUGGCUCUUUGCGCUGCCUUUCUGGCAGCACCUGCUAUCCACCUUCAUCCCGAUGCGAUGGCCACUUUGACUGCGCAGAUGAGAGCGAUGAAGCCGAUUGUCCAGCUGGAAGUACAAUAUCCUUCGAAUCAAACCAGGGUUUUGACACCCAACCGUUGUUGGGAUGCCAUUCAGGCCAGUAUCGUUGUGGCGGUGCGGGGGCUGUGGAGUGUAUCCCCCUUGCCUGGUUGUGUGAUGGACGUCUGGACUGUACUGAUGGAUCAGAUGAGGCUUCACACUGCAGAAGCCGUAACGUUACUUCAGAAUGUGUUGGUGGACGCUGCGCAUGCGCACCGGGCUCCUUCCGCUGCGCACAUUCCGCUGUUUGUCUGCUAGCCAGUUUAUACUGCGAUGGAGAUGCGGAUUGCGAGGACGGAUCAGACGAGCCUCCGGGUUGUUCAGCUCGUUCAACUCCCCUCUCGGGUUCUCCAGACCCAUUGGGUACACCGGAUCCGAUCAAUGGCACUGAUAACGGAACAGAAUCAGAAGCGAUUCUUAUGUGUGUGGAACCAGGCGCUAUUUACUGUUCAGGCCGGUGUGUCCCACCCGCAUUGCAAUGUGAUGGGCGGGACCAUUGUCUCGACAGCGGUGGUUCCGGGGCUGGCUCUGAUGAAGAUCCCGUUAUGUGUUCAUCAUACGCUCGUGCAUUCGGUUCCGAAGCAGAAGCGGCGGUAUCACGCGGCACGUGCGGCCGCGGCGAGUGGCGAUGUGGGAAUGGCGCGUGUGUUCCGCAAACCGCGCUUUGUGACGGCCUGGAUUCGUGCGGAGAUUUUACGGACGAAACACAUUGUAAUAUAGACGAGUGCCAAGUUGGCAACGGUGGGUGCGCUCACAACUGUUCGGAGCUGUCCGUCGGCCGGGCCUGUUGGUGUCAGCCAGGGUGGAGGAGUAGCGGUGCAGGCGGAGCCGAGUGUCGGGAUGUAGACGAGUGCGCGGAGGAUGAACCCUGCGAACAUCUCUGCAGAAAUUCCAUCGGAAGUUUUAAAUGCUCGUGUAUGGCGGGCUAUCGUCUCAUGGAAGAUGAUGUCAACUGCAUUCCUAUAUCAAACAUAAAGGCAACCCUGAUCUUCACGAACCGGUACUACAUCCGCCGAACGGCUAUCCGCCUGGACAACGACCUAAGCGAGGCCAGCACAUCACUACUCGUCCAUAACCUUACGAACGCCGUUGCCCUGGACGCGUUAUGGGUGCGCGGCUGCCUCUACUGGAGCGACGUGACCCGGCUCGGAAGUUCAAUUAAACGCGUCUGCCGACCUGAUGCUUUACACGAACCUCUAACACCGUUAUCUCACCCCGCACCAGCACUUCUAACAGCGUUACGUCCGGAGGAGUAUUCAGUGGUGGCCGGCGCGACACUCCAAAAUCCGGACGGAUUGGCCGUCGAUUGGGUCGCUGGAAACGUGUACUGGUGUGAUAAGGGGACGGACACGAUCGAAGCGGCAAAAUUGAACGGACGACAUCGACGUAUAAUUAUACGCAGUGGGUUGCGUGAGCCGCGGGCGUUGGCUCUGCAUCCAGCAGUUGGCCGCUUGUACUGGUCGGACUGGGGCAGUGAGCCACACAUAGGCCGGGCCGGGAUGGACGGCUCGGAGCGUAAAAUUAUCAUUUCGACGAACCUCGGCUGGCCCAACGCCCUCACCGUGUCAUAUGCCUCCAAAGAGCUCUACUUUGCUGAUGCGCGUGAAGAUUACAUUGCUGUCGCUGACCUGGAUGGAAAUCAUGUUAGGAUACUGCUUUCUCGUGAUCGCAUGCCAUGGCUUCGUCUCCAUCACGUUUUCGCGAUAGCGGCGUGGUCAGGCCGCGUGUAUUGGAGUGACUGGGAGACCCGUGCUAUCGAGAGUUGCCGCCGUAGACCUGACAUGAAUUACAAUGAAACGGGAGACCAGCCGGCGUGGCGUGGAGGUGCUUGGCGAUGCCGGACUGAAGCCGUUGCCGUUCACAAACCCAUGGACUUGCGUGUGCUGCAUCCGGCACGUCAACCAUUAUCACCCGAGUUGACCUUGCAAUGUGAGCGACUCAACUGUACCGGCUUAUGUCUUCUGAGUCCGGCUGAAAAGGAUGACGAAGGGGCAGUGGCCCGCUGUGCCUGUCCCGAGCACUGGGCGCUAGAGGCGGAUGGACGCUCUUGUCGACCUAACUGUACUUCCGCUCACUUUGUGUGUGCGAAGGCACUCAAGUGCAUCCCUUUCUGGUGGAAAUGUGAUACGCAGGACGAUUGCGGGGAUGGAUCAGAUGAACCCGAUUCGUGCCCGGCGUUCCGAUGUUCGCCCGGGCAGUUCCAAUGCACUAACGGACGUUGCGUGCACCCUGCCCACAUCUGUGACGGUGUUCAACAGUGUGGUGACGGAUCCGACGAAAACGACUGCGACCGCUUCACCUGCCUCGCCUCGCAGUGGCAGUGUCGCGGGAACCGUACAGCCGGUGUGACCGCCCGCUGCGUUCCCGGCGCCGCUCGAUGCGACGGUCGCCCCGAUUGUCCGGACGGAGACGACGAGCUCGACUGUCCGCCUCGCACUUGCCCGCCGCAGCACUUUACGUGCGGCAACGGAGCUUGCGUUCCGCUCGUGUGGCUCUGCGAUCAAGACUCCGACUGCGAAGACCGGUCGGACGAAGGUGCCGUGUGCGAAGCCCGACAGUGCGGCCGCGCCGAGUUCCGCUGCACGUCCGGGCGAUGCAUCCCGCGCGAGUGGCUCUGCGACGGCGAACCGGAUUGCCCAGCACGCGAGGACGAAAGCGAGUGCCCGGCCCGGGCCGCCUGCGACGCGACCUACUUCCGCUGCGGGGACGGCCGCUGCGUGCCGGGUCGCUGGCGCUGCGAUUUCGAGGAGGACUGCGCGGACGGCUCCGACGAACGAGAGUGUGUGCCGCGCGCGUGCAGCGAGUCGGAGUUCCGCUGCGAUAACGGAGAAUGCAUUCGUGGCGCGCUCCGCUGCUCGGGGGCGUCGGACUGUAGCUCGGGUGAGGAUGAAGCGGGUUGUGCCCCGCGAUGUGGUGAAGGCGCUCGGGCAUGCCCCACCGGGGGCGAGUGUCUGCCUGCCGAAUGGUGGUGUGAUGGCGAACCGGAUUGUCCCGACGGAGCGGAUGAAGCGGGCUGCAAUUCGACGAUAGGGGCGGACGUAGGCCGUUGCGGGGCGCGUUUGACGUGCGGAUCGCGAUGUGUGCCCGCAGCAUGGCGCUGUGACGGACGCGGGGACUGCCCCGACGGCAGCGAUGAACGGCCGGAGCUGUGCGCCAAUACGGCGUGCACCCCUCCAAUGAUCAGAUGCGGUGACAACACUUGUGUACCUCCUAAUUUGCUUUGUGACGGAAAAUCUGAUUGCGCUGACGGUGUUGAUGAAGACAAACUGUGUCGUACGUUGGACGCGCAACUAUGCGAUGAGGAUAGCUUCCUAUGCGAGGAUGGCCGUUGUGUCGCCACUGACGAAACCUGUAACCCAGAUCGCGGAGACUGUACAUGGCGCUCGUGUUCGCAGCUGUGUAUGCACAAACACGCACACAACCACACUUGCAAAUGCGCGUUCGGCUACCGGCAACGAAUACUGGCCGAUAAGACUGUAACUUGCGAGGCGCAAGGCGAAGCAGCAAGAGUCGCUGUAUGGUCGCGCGGUCGUUUACGUGUGUGGGAUUUACACAAACACGAACCGCAUUAUGGCACACCGCACACAAACAACGAAUCCGUGCUCGUGACUUGCGUGACAGCUGCCGCUAUGGAAGGCAUUUGGUGGGUUUGGUGGGGGGACAAUAAGGGUCGCGUGCGCCGGUUACGCUUGGGGACAUUACAACCGGCCGGGCCGGGUCACGACCCAUUACUUCCGUGGCCGGACACUCCAGCCGACGGCUUGGAAAGCGAGACUGUAGCUACCAUAACCGGUGAAGUCCGCGGUGUGGCCAUAGAUGUUGUGUCUGGACGAAUUUUCUGGACGGCAGUGGAUGGCUCGCGGGGUGCCGUCGCCAGCGCUGCCUUGGAUGGCCGUCGCCGUGUCACAUUAUGGGCACAGCGUGGCGCGGAGCCUGAUGAUAUUGUCGUUUCAGCUGAUACUGCGGAAAUGUUCUGGUCAGACCGCGGUGCGGAGCCUGGCGUAUACUGUGCAGCCUUGUGGGGUGGGAACGUCCGCCGCAUUGUACGGGCUCGUGUCCGUCGCGUCACAGCUCUAGCACUAGACGCCCCCGCUGCCCGCCUCUACUUCCUUGACCCAUACAGAGGUGCACUCGAAAGUGUAGCUCUCGACGGCUCAGAUCGCGCGUUACACUAUUGGUUCCGGCCCCAUGACGCCUCGACACCUGCAGAUCCCAAUGACGCUGUUGUUAUGGACCGAGGAUGUGCGCGACUUGCGAUUUGGGAAGAAUCAAUUUGGUGCGCUGGAGCAAGAGGGCUCGCAGCUUUACCGCGACGUCCGGCGCCAGGGACGCGCCUUUCACCCGUCUAUAGACAUCGAGCCCCAGUUUCAGCCCUCACUAUUCUGCACCCGCUCGUCCAAUCGCCCCGUGUCGUGAGUGACACGUGCGUAUUGGAGGGAGAGGCCGCGUGUCACGAGAGCGCGGAAUGCGUGCGAGGUCCACGAGGUGCGGCGGCCGCUUGUCUCUGCCCGGACGGCUUACAGCCCACGUCGAGCGCUCUAGACAGGCAGCGCCAAUGCGUAAUAUCAGCCAGUGGUACGCGUAGGAACGAUACGUGCCCACGUUCGUGCGGACCGGGAAGGUGCGUUACGGGACGGGGGGGACCAGGCGGGACGGGACGCUGUUUGUGUCCACCAUUAUUCGCAGGGGAACACUGUGAACACUACAGAUGCACUACGCACUGCAAUCGACACGGCCGGUGUGAAUUGGACGCUGAUAACAACGGAGGAGCGGGAUUGGUCCCGCUUAAAUGUACGUGUUUUGGGGGUUAUAAGGGCUCGCGGUGCGAACAAGUUGUAGACCCGUGUACGUCCCUUCAGUGUGGGGUUGGAGGUGUAUGUGCCCGUGAUUCACCGCACGAGGCCCAUUGCGCCUGUGCUCCGGGAUAUACAGGUGCGCGUUGCGAACACUGCCUGGAUAUGGGAUACGAAGAUUGCCUCUGCCAGGGAAAAUGUCUAAAUGGGGGUGUAUGCCACGUGUUGGAAGGCGCAUGGAUGUGUUCCUGUUUGGACGAAUGGCGUGGUGAGAGAUGCGACAUACCUUUGAGAGACCACGAUCAUGACGUCACUUAUGACCACGACUCGAAACCUGACCAACGCAACAACGCUAUUGGGCGCAAAUAUCAUGACUUUAAACCGCAAAAAACUGCAGGUCCAGUGUCGUGUCACGGCGGAUGCCUACACGGUGGCCACUGCGUGUCGAUUACUGGAGGGUCGAGUGUGGGUGCGGGCGAGUCGAAGGCGUGUGUGUGUACGGGCGGGUGGGGCGGUCCCGUGUGCGGACAGUACGUUGGUCACGAUCACGCCUGUUUGGCGCUCGCUUGCCCGCCACCUGCCAUUUGUGUGUGGAGACCUACAGAUAAUAUAUUAACUGUGGGAGUAGCAUACUGCGCAUGUUUAGCCGGCGCGAGUUGUACUCGUCCAGGCCCGAACCCUGUGGGGGGACUGGCUUCAGGCUCAGAUGCAUCUGCAUGGGUGGCUGGCCUAUUUGCCCUACUCGUUAUAGUUGGAGUGCUACUUAUAGCGAUGUUCCUUAUCAAUAGGAGAAGAAAUGGCGCGUUCGUACACGCGCGUCUCUCAGACAAUGUGGAGAUCAGUAAUCCGAUGUAUUUAGCGGGUGAGGAGGAGCGCACAGACAGACAUACACACAGCACACGGAACCACUUUGCCAACCCCGUAUAUGAAACAAUGUAUGAGCCGCAUCAGAUCCCAUUGGAGGAAGAUGCAACGCUGCUAGACCGCGCUGAUGGUUCUCCGCCGCCCGCAGAAGGCGCUGCUUUACUCUGACAUUCGGACCACUACUAGGUGACGUAAACACUAUUGAGCUCUUGGAAAUACUUUGGACCUAAUCAAUAAUGCGUUACACGAAUUUAUUCAAAUCAUUAAUCAAUGUAAGACCUUUCAUCCUAACACUUUUCUAUACGUUGUUUUAUUGAAAAACAAAUGGUACAUGGUAUGUAGAAACCUAAACUGUAAUAUGUAGUCUAUGGUUCAUCUCGUUUGACAUAUGUCAGUGUGACGUGAUUUAUAAGCGAUCCUGUAGUAGUUUGAUGUAUUUUUUUUGACACCUGACGUUGACAUAUGACAUCGAUGUGACGUUUUUUUGUAUCAAGAGUCUCUUUAAUUUACGUCUCUGUGGAGUUUUGACGAUUUUUGGAUAUUGAUGUAAAAUGGCAGCCAUUAUUAUGUGAUAAUUGCUAGUACAAUACGUUUUUUAUAAGUUUCGAUUUUCAGUACUUUUAUUUUAAGAUUUUUCGAAUAAAAUAACCACGCUCACACCCCCCCCCCCCCCCCCCCAGAUACCUUACAGUCAUAUUUUACAGAUUUAUUUUUAAUGCGAUGUUUUUUUCGCAUUCUGUAUACAUGUUGUAUUUGUAGGCACAAUUUUGAAUUACAUAUCUGACACAAAUAUUCUAUACCAAUAUUAUAUAUUUUAUACAUAUAUUGUAUCUCAGGCCUAAAUGAUCUAUUUACUAGUGUAUUUUAUCUUUCAUACAUAUCGUACACGUUUGAGAUUAAAAUAGAUUUUCGGAUUUCAAACUUAGUUUUUAUAUUUAGGUUAGGGUAAUUUUUUUGGGACAUUUGAAAUUUCAAUACAUUAUACGGGGUACAGUUGAAAAUCGAACACUGGGUAACUUGAUUAUGAUUGGUUAUCUCUAGACCAAUUACAAACGCGAACCCAUUGUUCGUUUUUCAAAAGCGCAUAUCCUGUUCCUUUUUAUGCUCAUAUUGUGCCAAAAUUAAUUUGAAUUAAGAACAGUAAUUGUAUAUAUAUUUUAGUUUAGGUUAGUGUAAGUUAAUAUCCAGCAAUUAAUUUGUUGUAGUUGCACGUUAAGUACAAGUAGUCUUGCCGAUUUUCAAAGUUCGUGUGAUAUAUUGAUUUUAUUUACACUUAAUAGCAUGUGAUUUCACAUAAGUUGCUGCUAUUUUUCACCUGUUACAAAUGUAACGUGAGCGAACUUUUGUCUCGAGUACAAGUUAUUGAUCUCACAUGGAGGCCUGUAUUCCACACAGUAAAUUGCUGUUAAAGUUAGGUAACCUUGUUUAAUUUUUUUAAUGCUAAGUUUAAAUUAGACUUUAGAUUAUUUUUUCAAGUGAACUUUCACAAUUCAUUGACAUAUUUCCAAAAUCCAUUGCGUUGACAGGAAACGCUCGUAUUGAAACUUUAACAAACACUCAAUGGUCACUUGUGAACAAUGACUCAACAUAUAGAUAAUAUUAAACUUGGUUCCCAUUUCGGAAUACGGACCGUUAGAUUUAUCAGAACAAACGUUGCAUACUCUUGUAUUGUGAAUGUGCCAUAGAUAUUAUUUUAUUAGUUUAUUAUGUUCCUAGCGAAAUUUGGCAGCUAAUAGUAAAAUAUUGUCUUAAAAUUAGUAUUAUACGAUAAUUUUAGAUCACAAAUCGAGCUCAUUCAACCUCUUUUAGAGCUCACUUGACACAUAAUGUAGGUUAAGCGACGACCCCUGUGACUCCCAAUGUAGCUGUAUUUUAAAUGAAUUGUAGUAAAUAAAUUGAUA